CACGCAUACACACUUUGGGAGCACAACAGCUCAACAUAUAGGCAUCUGCAAUGAUGAAUCAGGAUAAUCCAUAUGCGAUGAAUCAGACGUGCAAGGUCUGUGGGGAGCCAGCAGCUGGAUUUCAUUUUGGAGCAUUCACAUGCGAAGGUUGCAAGUCCUUCUUUGGCCGCUCAUAUAACAAUUUGUCUUCUAUAUCGGACUGCAAGAAUAACGGCGAAUGCAUCAUCAACAAAAAGAAUCGCACAGCCUGCAAGGCUUGCCGCCUGAAGAAGUGCCUCAUGGUUGGUAUGUCGAAGAGUGGCUCGCGGUACGGUCGACGCUCCAACUGGUUCAAGAUCCACUGUCUGCUGCAGGAGCAACAGCAACAGGCGGUUGCUGCGAUGGCCGCACACCACAACAGCCAGCAGGCUGGCGGAGCGACGAACGCAGCUGGAUCCGUAUCAAAUGGUUGUGUGAAGGGCAUGUCGGGUGGACCGGGACAGGCGGCUGCUGCUGCUGCUCUGGGCAUGUUGGGGCAUGCGACGGGCGGCUAUGCGAGUCUGUACGGGGCAGGACCACCGCGCAGCAAGGAGGAGCUGAUGAUGCUGGGACUGGAUGGCAGUGUGGAUUAUGGCGGCAUUAAGCAUCCUGCGCUAGUUGCUUCACCCUCUGUCAGCUCACCGGACUCGCACAACUCUGACAGCUCGGUGGAGGUGAGCAGUGUGCGUGGCAACUCGCUGCUGCAACUGGGUGGUGGCAGCAGCAAGCCAAAUGCGGCCGGGGAUGCCGGACAAACGGGCAGCGGCACAGCGCCUGGACGGCCGCCGCAACUGCGCAAGGAUCUGGCACCGUUUUUGCCGUUGCCAUUUCCGGGUCUCGGUACAUUGCCAGUGAUGCCACCGCCAGCGUUUUUGCCGCCCUCGCAUCUGCUCUUUCCUGGCUAUCAUCCUGCGCUGUAUUCGCAUCACCAGGGUCUGCUGAAGCCGACGCCAGAGCAACAACAGGCGGCGGUGGCCGCAGCUGCAGUGCAGCAUUUAUUCAACUCCAGCAAUGCGAGCGGACAGCGCUUUGCACCGCAGCUACACACUGCAACGCCCUUCGCCGGUCACAAAGAGGAGUCGGCCUUGAGUCCCAAUCACAACAAUAGCAGCAGCAAUCAUUUACUGCCCAAUGGCAGCAGAACUGCGGCGACGAGUGCAGCAGAUGAGCUGACGAAACGUUUCUAUUUGGAUGCGGUGCUUAAGUCCCAGCAGCACAGUCCGCCGCCGCUGGCAACAAAGCUGCCGCCACACAGCAAACAGGAUUAUUCCAUAUCGGCGCUGGUCACACCCAACUCGGAGAGCGGGCGGGAGCGUGUGAAGAGCAGGCAGAGCAAUGGCGAGCCGGAUGACGAGGAAGACGAGCGAGAGGCAACCAUAACCACUGGCAGCGAUAAAGUUGGUGAGGAUGAACUGGAGCCGCAGGAUGUGGAUGAGGAUGAUGAGGAGGAUUUGGUCGUAUCCAUGACACCGCCAAGCUCGCCAGCCCAGCAGCAGCAGCAGCAACAGCAGUCGCAGCACGACUCGGAGCAGCCGACAGAGCAAAGUGGGGCAGCACAGGAUAAUCCCAUUGACUUAAGCAUGAAAACCACUGGCAGCACCAGCUCGAGGAGUAGCAGCAGUAUUAAGAGCAGCUGCCAGGAGGCUGAGGCCGACAUCUACAGUGACAAUGAGGCAGCAACUGAUAAAUCAUCCGCUCCAGAACUUAUUAAGUUAGCCGGACUCAAUGAUGAAGAGGACGAGGAUGUAGAGUCAUCAGCUCAGGUCGAGCUCAAGGAUACUAGCAGCACGGAAACGGUGAAGACCAGCGUUGAGAAAAACCACAAUAACAAUAAUAAUAAUAACAAUAACAAUAGCAACAACAAUAAUAACAACAACAACAACAAUAAUAAUAGUAGUACCACCAGUGAUAAUGAGGCCAACGAGAGCAUCAAACGCAAAUUGAAUGAACUGAUACAGGAAUCGAAUGGUUCGAAGCGUCUGCGCUUGGAUUCACCAUCACCAGCACCAGCACCACCAGCAGCCAACUUGGCCGUUAAAGUGGCCACCUCAACGGCACUCGAUUUGACAACCAAGGUUUGACCAUAACCUCACUAAACGCUGCACAGUAUAGCGGCAAUCAGUCGCUGGACUUAACACUAUGCAACAUCAUUUUGUUAGACAAACAAGAUUAUUAUUUUAAAAGUGUUUUUUUGUAUGUUUAUAAAUAGUUAACAUGCUUGGAAAUGAACAUGAAUAUUUCCAAGGAGUAUUUUUUAUUUCUUUUGGAUAAUGUAAAAAGUUAGAUUACCAUCUUUAAGUUUUGUUUAUCAUACAGUAGCCCCAAAAACCAAAAUUUUUGA